AUGGAUAAGGCUGUAGAAACACCUUUUAAAGCUGGUUCUUCAUCUGAUCCUUCUCCCGAGGUCCAGUCCUUAGAUAUAGAGGUCAAUGAUGACACAUUUAAAGGAUUAACAUUUGUCGUUCUAUCAGACGGAAAGUGGUUCAAGAACAGUGGGUCAGAUUUUUGUAUUGAAUUUGGUAGGAAGAAGCAGAUACAGAAGGCUACACUUUAUGAAAUUGUUAUUAUUGGUUCCCCAAAAUCGACGUAUAUUGGUUGA